AUGGCUGAUAAUAUCAAGAUUGGAAACUUGUCCCUCAACGACUCCCAGCACGCGCCCAACGCUGCUGGACGCUCCGCAUACAUCCCUCCCCAUCUCCGUGGUCAAGCUCGUCAAGCUGCCGCCGCUGAUCCUGCCCCCGGCCCUGCUCCUGUCGAAGCUAUGGACGGACACGCUCCCGCCCCCGGACCACAAAACGGUCGCCCAGCUGGCAUGAACGCCAGCGCCUGGGCUCCUGGAGCUGGUCCUAAUAACGCUCCUGGUUGGGGUGCUGGCGACUUCGCUCCCCGUGGCGGACCGGCCGUGAAUGGUAAUUCUGGCUGGGGUCAACCCGCUGGUUCCCGUCGUGCUUUCGAUCCACAUGCUUACGGUCACCCAGGUCACCAAGGAGGUCAACAAGGCGGAGGAAACAACUAUGGCGGUGGUGGCUCCGGCGCCGCCCGAGGCUCUGGUGAUGGUCAGUGGCGUGAUGGUAAACACGUUCCAGGUCCCGCAAACGCCCGUAUCGAACGUGAACUCUUCGGCGUCCCCAACGAUCCCAGCAAGCAGCAGACCGGUAUCAACUUCGCCAACUACGAUGAUAUCCCCGUCGAGGCAUCCGGCCAAAACGUCCCCGAACCCGUUUCCACGUUUACGAACCCCCCAUUGGACGAUCAUUUGAUUUCUAACAUCAAGCUUGCCUCUUACAAGGUUCCUACCCCCGUGCAGAAGUAUUCUAUCCCAAUUGUCAUGGGAGGCCGUGACUUGAUGGCUUGUGCCCAGACUGGUUCCGGAAAGACCGGUGGCUUCUUGUUCCCCAUUCUCUCACAGGCAUUCCAGAACGGUCCCUCCGCUGCUCCCACCCAACAGGGCGGUCAGUUCAGCUACGGCCGUCAACGCAAGGCAUACCCUACUUCCCUCAUCCUCGCUCCCACCCGUGAGUUGGUCUCUCAGAUCUACGACGAGGCCAGAAAGUUCGCCUACCGCUCUUGGGUCCGCCCAUGUGUCGUCUACGGAGGUGCCGAUAUCGGUUCUCAGCUCCGCCAGAUUGAACGUGGCUGUGAUCUUCUCGUUGCUACUCCAGGUCGUCUCGUCGAUCUCAUCGAGCGUGGACGUAUCUCUCUCUGCAACAUCAAGUACCUUGUUCUUGACGAGGCUGAUCGUAUGCUUGACAUGGGUUUCGAGCCUCAAAUUCGUCGUAUUGUUGAAGGUGAAGACAUGCCACCAGUUGCUGGCCGUCAAACCCUCAUGUUUUCAGCCACUUUCCCCCGUGACAUCCAGAUGCUCGCCCGUGAUUUCUUGAAGGACUACGUCUUCCUUUCCGUUGGUCGUGUUGGUUCCACUUCCGAGAACAUUACCCAGAAGGUCGAAUAUGUCGAGGAUGGUGACAAACGCUCCGUCCUACUUGAUAUCCUGCACACCCAUGGCGCUGGUCUCACCCUUAUUUUCGUCGAGACCAAGCGUAUGGCUGAUUCUCUCUCCGAGUUCCUGAUCAACCAGCACUUCCCUGCCACCGCUAUUCACGGUGACCGUACCCAGCGUGAGCGUGAGCGUGCCCUCGAAUACUUCCGCAACGGUCGAUGCCCAAUCCUCGUUGCUACCGCUGUUGCUGCUCGUGGUCUCGAUAUCCCCAACGUCACUCACGUCGUCAACUACGAUCUCCCCACUGACAUCGAUGACUACGUUCAUCGUAUUGGUCGUACCGGUCGUGCCGGAAACACUGGUAUCUCCACUGCUUUCUUCAACCGUGGAAACCGCGGUGUUGUCCGUGACCUCAUCGAAUUACUCAAGGAGGCCCACCAGGAAGUUCCAUCUUUCUUGGAGAACAUUGCUCGCGAGGGUGCCGGAUUUGGUGGUGGUCGUGGUGGCCGCGGCCGUGGCCGUGGUUCUACUGGUGCUAACCGUGAUAUGCGUCGCAUGGGUGGUGGAAUGGGCGGUGGUCCCCCUGCCUUCGGUGGUGGUGGCAACUACGCUGCUCCCCCAAGCUACGGUGGUAGUGGUAACUACGGCGGCGGUGCUGCUCCAUAUGGUGGUGGCGGUGGUUACGGAGGUGGAAGCUAUGGCAACCCAUCCGGUCCCACUGGCCCUUCAUCCUGGUGGUAA